CAACCCAACUGGGUGUCCCCGCUGGCUUCUGUGUCGUGUGUUUUUGGCUGUCUCCUUGCAACAGUAGAACGUCUCAACUCGCAACUCUCCACGGUCAUGCUGCCUGUCCCUCGCUCUGUGUGGCGCUUCCCCCCGCUUCCAACCAUCUCACGCAUCUCCCGCGCCGUCCUCAGUAUAGGCUAUUCAACCGAUUCUCCGCAGUGCUGAAAUAGAGAGUGAGUGAAACGAGGGGGGCAAAAGAGAGAGGGAGAGAAGCGAGGGGGCGAUACGGGGAAAUACACGAGAGAGAGAGAGAGUCAGAGAGAGAGAGAGAGAGAGAGGCGCAAAAGGAAAACUGCACAAUCUGAAAAGGCUCCCUAGCGCGCGGAUCUUUCGACGGCUGCACCAUUCAUUUGGACUGUCGGAAAGGACAAGCAUGUUUAGCACGCGGGCACUCACGCUCCUGUCCUCUGUGUUUGGGGCGUGCGGCCUGCUCCUGGUGGGCGUGGCUGUGUCCACAGACUACUGGCUGCUGAUGGAGGAGGGCGUCAUUCUGCAGCAGAACCAGAGCAUGGAGGUCAGGAUGGCCCUGCACUCCGGCAUGUGGAGGGUCUGCUUCGUGGCAGGACCUGAAAAGGGGAGAUGUGUAGCAUCAGAAUACUUCACCACUGAAGCUGAGAUAGAUAUUGUGACCGAAAACACUGCAAAUAUACUGAAGAUGGUACGGACAGCCACGCCGUUCCCCAUGGUGUCGCUGCUCUUCGUCUUCACUGCCUUCGUCAUCAGUAACAUCGGACACAUCCGGCCACAGCGCACCAUCCUGGCCUUCAUCUCCGGAAUAUUCUUCAUCCUCUCAGGGCUGAGCCUGGUGGUGGGCCUGGUCCUCUACAUCAGCAGCAUCAACGACGAGGUGAUGAACCGGCCGCGUGAGCCCGAGCACUUCUUCCACUACCAUUACGGCUGGUCCUUCGCCUUCGCUGCCAGCUCCUUCCUCCUCAAAGAGGGGGCUGGGGUGAUGUCAGUGUACCUGUUCAUGAAGCGCUACGCCGAGGAGGAGAUGUACCGGCCCCACCCAUCCCUCUACCGCCCCCGCCUGUCCGAGUGCAGCGACUACAGCGGCCAGUACCUUCACCCCGAGUCAUGGCCUCCUCCACAGCGGGGCCGCAGCGCGUCUGAGGUCUCCAGCGACAUCUCCAUCCAGCUGAACCAGACGCCCCCGCCGCCCAAGGGCAGCUCCCAGCAGCAGCAACAACAGCAACAGCAGCAGGCCCCGUCCUCUGGCCCCUCCUCGGGCGCCAGCUACCAGCAGUCUUCCUCCUCCUCCUCCUACCCCCACCACACCAUGUCCUCCCACCCCCUCCACUCCAGCCACCACACCAUGUCCUCUCACCCCAGCGGGCCUCCUCCCCAGUCUAUGCCCAUGGCCAUGCCCCCCUCUGCCCAGCCCCCUCCCCGCUACCACCAACACAUGCGCAUGAGUGCCUCGCCAUGCUAGAAGGGGGGGUGAGGGAUGAGAGG